AGAUCAGUGAGUGAACGUUAAAACGUUAGCUCAGUCUUGGUUUGGAUCAGUUCCCAGCGUCUUUCUUGUAUGAGGAAGUGAAUCUGUUUGUUAUUCACUGUCUCUGAGAGGUGAAAUGGCGCAGCGAGGAAUUCAGACGGAUCAGGAAAAACUCUGCUGUUCGAUCUGUUUGGAUCUACUGAAGGAUCCGGUGACUAUUUCCUGUGGUCACAACUACUGUAUGAGCUGUAUUAAAAGCCACUGGGAUGAAGAGGAUCAGAAAGAAAUCUACAGCUGUCCUCAGUGCAGACAGACCUUUGGACCGAGGCCUGCUCUGGUGAGAAGCACCAUGUUGGCAGAUUUAGUGGAGGACCUGAAGAAGACAGGACUCCAAGCUGCUCCAGCUGAUCACUGCUAUGCCGGACCUGGAGAUGUGGCCUGUGAUUUCUGCACUGGGAGGAAGCUGAAAGCUUUCAAGUCCUGUCUGCAGUGUCUGGUCUCUUACUGUGAGCAGCACCUCCAGCCUCACUUUGAAGUUGUUCCAUUAAAGAAACACAAGCUGGUCGACCCCUCCAAGAAGCUUCAGGAGAACAUCUGCACUCGUCACAAUGAGGUGAUGAAGAUUUUCUGCCGUACUGAUCAGCAGUGUAUCUGUUAUCUCUGCUCCAUGGAUGAACAUAAAGGCCACGACACAGUUUCAGCUGCAGCAGAAAUGACUGAGAGGCAGAAAGAGCUCGGGGCGAGUCGGCAAAAGAUCCAGCAGAGAAUCCAGAACAGAGAGAAAGAUGUGAAGAUGCUCCAGCAGGAGGUGGAGACUAUCAACCGCUCUGCUGAUAAAGCAGUGGAGGACAGCGAGAAGAUCUUCACAGAUGCGAAGCAGCAGAUCAGAUCUCGUCAGAAAGCUGAAGUGACUCACGUCAACGAGCUUCAGGAGAAGCUGCAGAAGGAGAUCGCCGAACUGAGGAGGAAAGACACUGGGCUGGAGCAGCUGUCACAUACGGAGGACCACACCCAGUUUCUACAGAACUACACCAUGCUGUCACGUCUUAAUGAAGCUACAGACUCACCCAGCAUCAAUAUCCGCCCUCUGAGGUACAAUGAGGAUGUGACUGCAGCUGUGUCAGAGGCCAAAGAUAAACUACAGGACAUUCUGAGUGAGGAAUGGACCAAGAUCUCACUGACAGAGACUGAAGAUCUUUUAGUGCCACAACCAGAGCCCAAGACCAGAGAUGAACUCCUCAAAUAUUCAUGUCAAAUCACACUGGCUCUAAACACAGCACACAAACAUAUGGUGAAUUCAAGCCGAGAGACCGCAAAAUGCUCUUAUAAUCAAUUAUCCCAAUAUUGUCACCCAGACAGAUUCACUGACUGGUCUCAGGUUUUGUGUAGACAAAGUCUGACUGGACGUUGUUACUGGGAGGUGGAGUGGGAAGGGUACGACCUUUUUGUAGCAGUGGCAUACAAGAAUAUUAGCAGAGCAGGAAGAGAAAGCGCAUUUGGAAACAAUGACAAGUCUUGGGCAUUACAGUGUUUCGACGAUGGUUAUGAAUUCAGAUAUAACAACAUCACAACUCCCAUCUCUGGUCCUCAGUCCUUCAAAGUAGGAGUGUAUCUGGACCACAGUGCAGGUAUUCUGUCCUUCUACAGCGUCUCUGAAACCAUGACUCUCCUCCACAGAGUCCAGACCACAUUCACUCAGCCACUCUGUCCUGGAUUUGGUGUGCCUUAUGGAGGCUCUGCUGAAAUCUGUAACACUUUAAACACAGAAGACUGAAAUCCAGAGAGACAAGACACCACACACGACAACUCGUUUAGAGUUUCUGUAUGUGGUGCUCUGUCUCUUUUCAGCCAUGGUGGUUAUCACUGCUCAUGAUGUUUUUGUUAUUAUUCUUUAAAGCAACCUAUUUGUAUACUAAAUAACCAAUUGCAAAAAAUAAACUAACUUUAAUGUAAUAAAUUGUGUGAGGGAUAAUGAUAAAAUAAUUAAAAUAUAUAUUAUUUUGGGACAUUUCUUGUUUUAAAUCUAUGCAGUGAAACAAUAAACAUGUUUUUUUCAGUGUAAAUUAGUUAUGGAUUGUGAGAGACCUCAGAUAUUUGAAGGAAAUAGGAACCUUGUGAGAUUUAAAAAUCAGAUAUUUGGCAAUAAAUAACUGGAAGAAUAAAUACAGUUUUCCCAAAUGAUGUCAUCAUAUAGACUGCUUUAAUCUUUUUUUGUGAGCAUAUAAUAUAUAUAUAUAUAUAUGUUUAUGUGAAUGCAUAUGUUGGCUACAGUAUGUGUAUGUAUAUGGAUGUAUGUAUGUACUGUAUAUGUGAAUGUGUCUGUAUAUAUAUGCAUGUUUUUCUUCUUUUCUUCAGUUAUCCAUUUACUCUUUGUUCUAUCUCUUCUGUUCUGUAUGUAGCACUGGGUGUAUGAAAAAAUGCAAAUAUACUAUUGCAAAUACUGCAUAUAUUGUGGAUGUAUAAUUCAUGAGCAAUUUGCAAUAAAAGUAUUACAAAAAUAUAGACUUCUCUGAGCAGA